AUGGGCGAAAUUGUAUUGCCUGUAGCUUUGAGUGGAAUUGCUUCUUUCCUCCUUCCACGAGGAAGAACGGCGCAUUCGAGAUUCAAUAUCCCUUUCAAUGUAACUAAGAAUUCUACAUGUGCCGGCAUUUGGUCAGGGUCGGAUUUGGCUGAUCUUAUUAUUAAGAAAAAACUUAUUAUUUGGGAUGAAGCGCACACGAUGCAAAAGUAUUGUUUUGAAGCACUUGAUAGAAGUUUGAGGGACAUAAUGAGGUUUGUUGAUAGGGAUAACUUGCAUCGACCUUUUGGAGGCAAAGUUAUGGUAUUCGGUGGUGAUAUAAGACAAAUAUUACUAGCUGUACCAAAGAGAACGAGGCAAGAUAUCGUGUUCGCUAUCGUUAAUUCGUCUUACUUGUGGGAUUCCUGUAAAGUCCUAACCCUUACUCGUAAUAUGAGACUACAAUCAGAGUGGAUAUUAAGCAUAGGAGACGGAAAGGCUGGAGGUCCUAAUGAUGGUGAAGCCGUAAUUGAGGUUGCAAAAGAUAUCCUUAUAGAUCUAGGGGUCGAUCCAAUUUCAGCAAUUAUUGAUAGCACUUAUCCAAACCUACAUGACCAUAUUUGGGAAGCUAAAUAA